CGCCGGCGCUGAACCGGGCGCGUCCGAGGCGCGUCGCCGCCGCCGCCCUUCGAGCCCCGCCGAUCGGACUCGCGCGGGGACGGCCAUCCCUUCGGCCUGCCGGGCGUCGGCAGCGGCGGCGGCGUCCCAGCCCCGGGGCUCAGGCAGGAAGGGAGGAGGCGGCGGCGGCCGGCGGGGCGCGACCCCCGCGAGGGUCUCAACAAUGGUGCGCGGCGCUGGCGCGGUCCCCGCGUCCGCCCGGCGGCCAUAGAGGAAGCGGCCGAGAGCCGCCCCCACCCCGGACCCCCCAGCCACUCGCUCGCCGGAGUUCGCACGGCCGGCCUCGCGGGCUGGGGUUCCCGCUCGCCAGCGCCCACGGCGGCUCAGCCCGGAGCAUGGUGCCGGCGCCCGGCUCGCUCUGAUCGCUCCUCUCCCUCCUCCUCUCGCUCCUCCCGUUCCUCGGGUCCCUCCCGCGGGUGCUGCCUCUGGCCUCUCGGCGAGAGGGAGUGCAACUCUCUGCCUUUCCGAGCGGACUGGCCGGUGACCACCCCACAAGAACUUGCCCAUUGAAAGCAAGCCCGGAACAGCCCGGAGAAUGUCCACCCCGAGCAGAUUCAAAAAGGACAAAGAGAUCAUCGCCGAGUAUGAAAGUCAAGUCAAAGAAAUCCGAGCUCAACUGGUAGAGCAACAAAAAUGCCUUGAGCAGCAGACGGAGAUGCGAGUUCAGCUGCUUCAGGACCUGCAAGACUUCUUCAGGAAAAAAGCCGAAAUUGAGACGGAAUAUUCUCGGAACCUGGAGAAGUUGGCAGAAAGGUUCAUGGCCAAAACAAGAAGCACUAAGGACCAUCAACAAUUCAAGAAAGACCAGAACCUGUUGUCUCCCGUGAACUGCUGGUAUUUGCUCCUGAACCAAGUGAGACGAGAAAGCAAAGACCAUGCCACCCUGAGCGACAUCUAUCUGAACAACGUCAUCAUGAGGUUCAUGCAGAUAAGCGAGGAUUCCACCCGGAUGUUUAAAAAGAGCAAAGAGAUUGCGUUCCAGCUGCACGAGGACUUAAUGAAGGUUCUCAAUGAGCUGUACACAGUGAUGAAAACGUACCACAUGUACCACGCAGAGAGCCUCAGUGCUGAGAGUAAGCUGAAAGAGGCUGAGAAGCAGGAGGAGAAGCAAAUUGGGAGAUCUGGCGACCCUGUCUUCCACAUUAGACUGGAAGAGAGGCAUCAGAGACGCAGCUCUGUGAAGAAAAUUGAAAAAAUGAAGGAAAAGAGGCAAGCCAAAUAUUCAGAAAAUAAGCUGAAAUCGAUUAAAGCUCGGAACGAGUACCUCCUAACGCUUGAAGCAACCAAUGCCUCGGUGUUCAAGUAUUAUAUUCAUGACCUUUCGGACUUAAUCGAUUGCUGCGAUCUUGGCUACCACGCAAGUCUGAACAGAGCCCUCAGAACGUAUCUCUCGGCAGAGUACAACCUUGAAACCUCCAGGCACGAAGGCCUAGACAUUAUAGAGAAUGCUGUUGACAAUUUAGAGCCAAGGAGUGACAAGCAGAGAUUCAUGGAGCUGUACCCUGCAGUGUUCUGCCCACCAAUGAAAUUUGAGUUUCAGUCUCACAUGGGUGAUGAGGUGUGUCAGGUCAGUGCGCAGCAGCCUGUCCAGGCGGAGCUCAUGCUCAGGAACCAGCAGCUGCAGUCCCGACUGGCCACACUCAAGAUCGAGAGCGAGGAGGUCAAGAAAACGACUGAAGCCACCUUGCAGACCAUCCAAGACAUGGUCACUAUUGAGGACUACGACGUGUCGGAGUGCUUCCAGCACAGCCGCUCCACGGAAUCUGUGAAGUCCACCGUGUCCGAAACCUACCUGAGUAAGCCGAGCAUCGCCAAGAGACGCGCCAACCAGCAAGAAACGGAGCAGUUCUACUUCAUGAAACUCCGGGAGUUCUUAGAAGGCAGUAAUCUCAUCACGAAGCUUCAGGCUAAGCAUGACUUGCUCCAGCGGACCCUGGGAGAAGGUCAUAGAGCUGAAUAUAUGACUACAAGGCCUCCAAACGUCCCCCCAAAACCCCAGAAACACAGGAAGUCCAGGCCCCGCUCCCAGUAUAAUGCUAAGUUGUUUAAUGGGGAUUUGGAGACAUUCGUCAAGGACUCAGGCCAGGUUAUCCCUCUCAUUGUGGAAAGCUGCAUCCGGUUCAUUAAUCUCUAUGGUCUUCAGCACCAGGGGAUUUUUAGAGUGUCUGGUUCCCAGGUGGAAGUGAACGAUAUCAAAAAUUCCUUCGAGAGAGGUGAAAAUCCUUUGGCCGAUGACCAGAGCAACCACGACAUUAACUCUGUGGCCGGCGUCCUCAAGCUCUACUUCCGUGGGCUGGAAAACCCCCUCUUUCCUAAGGAAAGGUUUAACGACCUGAUUUCCUGUAUCAGAAUAGAUAAUCUCUAUGAGAGAGCACUUCACAUCCGGAAACUCCUCCUGACCUUGCCCAGGUCGGUCCUUAUCGUGAUGAGGUACCUGUUUGCCUUCCUCAAUCAUCUUUCCCAGUACAGUGAUGAGAACAUGAUGGACCCUUACAAUUUGGCCAUUUGCUUUGGCCCAACACUGAUGCCCGUUCCAGAGAUACAAGACCAAGUGUCUUGCCAGGCGCAUGUGAACGAGAUUGUAAAGACCAUCAUCAUCCAUCAUGAAUCUAUUUUCCCAGAUGCUAAAGAACUGGACGGCCCCGUGUAUGAGAAAUGUAUGGCUGGAGGUGACUACUGCGACAGCCCGUACAGUGAGCACGGCACCCUGGAGGAAGUGGAUCAGGACGCAGGCACAGAGCCCCACACCAGUGAAGACGAGUGUGAGCCAAUCGAAGCAAUAGCCAAGUUUGACUAUGUGGGGCGCUCAGCUAGAGAGCUGUCCUUCAAGAAGGGCGCGUCCCUGCUGCUGUACCACCGCGCCUCGGAGGACUGGUGGGAAGGCAGACACAACGGGGUCGACGGGCUCGUGCCUCAUCAGUACAUCGUGGUGCAAGACGUGGACGAUACAUUUUCAGACACCCUGAGCCAAAAAGCUGACAGUGAAGCCAGCAGUGGGCCAGUCACCGAAGACAAGUCCUCAUCCAAGGACAUGAACUCCCCAACUGACCGCCAUUCUGAUAGCUAUUUAGCCAGACAAAGGAAAAGAGGAGAACCGCCCCCUCCAGGAAGACGUCCUGGCAGGACCAGCGAUGGUCAUUGUCCUCUUCACCCACCACAUGCUCUGUCUAACUCCUCAAUUGACCUGGGAUCCCCAAACCUAGCCAGUCACCCCAGGGGCCUGCUGCAGAAUCGUGGCCUCAAUAAUGACAGCCCUGAGAGGCGACGCCGGCCCGGCCAUGGCAGCCUGACCAACAUCAGCCGGCAUGACUCCCUCAAGAAGAUUGACAGCCCUCCCAUCAGGAGGUCGACAUCAUCAGGGCAGUACUCCGGCUUCAACGACCACAAGCCACUGGACCCAGAAACGAUUGCUCAGGAUAUCGAGGAGACCAUGAACACGGCCCUGAACGAGCUCCGCGAGCUGGAGAGGCAGAGCACGGCCAAGCACACCCCGGACGUGGUGCUGGACACCUUGGAACAAGUGAAGAACGCCGCCGCCCCGGCCACGGCCACGGAACCGCUCAGCCCGUUGCACGGGGUCGCCCCCAGGAGCUCCGAGCCUCAGAUUCGCCGGAGCACCAGCUCCUCCAGCGACACAAUGAGUACUUUCAAGCCGCUGCUGGCUCCCAGGAUGGGCGUGCAGCUGAAGCCCCCAGCCCUUCGGCCAAAGCCUGCUGUUCUUCCAAAAACAAACCCCACUGUAGGGCCCGCCGCACCUUCCCAGGGCCCCGCAGACAAGUCUUGCACGAUGUAAACAGACAAAACAAACCAAGGUCGUGGGGGGAGGGGUCUGAGGGCGAAAAUGGAGUAGUGACGAGAGUCCGUGAUCCGUGCUGUUCCCUUAGUCUUGCGCUUCUAACUGGAGAUCUUUUGGCUUUUUCUAUGUUGUCGAAUGUCUGGGACCAGCUAAGUUAACAGGGGCAUUUGUAUUUUGUAAUUUUUUUCAAUAACUGGACACGUCAUUUUAAAGACAGUAGAAACACGCAGACUUACUUGAAAACUCCAAUGCGGCACCCCUUGUACCGAAGGUAACACCUCCCCUCUCCCCACCCCCCAGACGGCACAAGUUCGGACUCACCUUCGCUCCGGGGAGCAUCCUGGAAGCAGGAGAACCCGAGUCCCAGGUCUCACUGGAGUGUCACCAGCCACGGUCCCGUGGGAAGAGCACUCACUGUCCAGGAACUGACAGCAAGCACCCCUGACCACCCGGAGUGGGGCGCGGCAGCUGUUGGAGGUCACAGAGGGAGCCUCCAGUGGGGCUUAUGGUCCCUGGCUGGAAGGGGUUCCCUGAUGGCCCCUUCCAUGAAAGUAAUUUCCCUGGACACAGAGAGUAGAAGCUCGGGUACUGAUUGAACUGAACCUGGAAAAGGCCGGGAACGUGUCCAAGGCUGUUGACGGCUCCCUCCAAGAACAUGAGCAGGCCCUGAAGAGGGCCAGGUCCACCCCUACACACAAAGACCAGAGCAGCCGAAUUUCCAGUACUUUCUGGUUACACGGCAAACUCCUGAACACUUGUUGAAUAACUGCCUAAGAAAUAUUUCCACCUUCCCUUAACCCCAGUGUUCUCCUUUAUGGCAACGGAAAAAACAAACAGGAGAGGAAUCCGAGCCUCGCUGAUGGUGUGACUAAGGCCUGGGUUCCUUUACGCUGCAGCGGCCCAGUGAUCCCAAACCAGAAACCCCAGCUCUGCCCCUCACAUCUCCCUCUGAGCCAAGCCAGCUGGCUACCACGGGCGGGAAGUGACCUGUGGCGCCAGGAUAGUUUCUUCCCAGUUUUGUACCUCAGAAUCGUGACUUCUGUUCUUGUCCUGUUCAUAUUUGCUUUUUGGAUUUUUCAUUGUGUUCUGCACAGAGCUCCUACGGUCAAAUGGGCUCAGCUAAGGGACGUCCUUCCCUGGCAUUUUAGCACACAGCCAUUUUUCUUUAUCAUGUAGUUACGGUAUUUUUCUUCUAUCAUAAAAACAAAAAAAGAUGGUAGAUUUGUGUGUUUGGUUCUGGGGACCGAACCGGAGGCCUCUUGCAUGCUAAGCAUACACUCUACCACGGAGCUGUCUAUCCCAUCCGUUACCCCCGAGAUCAUUCAGAACACAAGUGUUCUUCCUGAGGUACAGAUCACCAUCUGCAUAGGAACAGCAGCAGCAGCAGCCGUUGGCGGCUGCAUUAUCCGAACCUCCUGAUGAAGCCAACGGAUGGCUCAAAACAAAGCCCAUAGGACCCACCUUAAUUACCUUCUAGGUUUAAUUUCAGACCGGCAGCCAGUUGCCUAAGAUUAGCCAUCGCCAAUGAUAAUUCACGCAGAAACAAACCAAGAUCCGUACUAAAGUCAAGGUCAUGACCGAUCCCUACCUCAGUUUGCCGGUCUAACCGUUCUGUUGCAGAGAAAACUCUUGAUGGGAUGUUCCCUUUCAAAGCUGCGCUCCUCGUUCCACAAAUGUACUGAAGACAUACUCCCCACUCCCAGGGACUUCGGGUGUGCUAAGGUUUUAAACCCCAAAUUUUCACAACUACUCUUCUUGGCCAUUUUGAAAAAGAAACCAUAGAGACCGGCCAGGACAGCGCUUUGACUGACCCCUGCUUUCCUUGGAAGUUUAUUGUCUCCUAAAUGAACCCACCACUUAUUAGAAAACAAAACGAUUCUUAAAACCAUUUUUUCUUCUUUGAUGGAAGAUGCCAAUGAAGGCAGAAGGAGCUAGCAAUCUUUGGGGUUUGUUUGUAAAUGCCUUUCUUAAGCUUUUAGUUUUGCAGAUCUUACUCCUCUACAAUGCCUGCACACACAGCUCUCUGGCAGUCCCCCACCCCACCUUUGCUGCUAUCUUUUGUGCAUCCAUCCAUGUCUUUCUGCCCCCUAUAUCAUGACUCUACUGCCUUGAAUGACAAAGAACAUGCUUUUGUAGAUGCCUGGGCCUCUUCCUCCAGGAAAUGGCACUUAGUAGACUCCCAUCCCUCCUUUCUUUUCUCCAUCUUCUCUCUUGUAGUCCUGUUUUCAUUUCUGGACUUACUUUUGUCUCUCAAACAAAGAUUAUAGCCUCCAGCAAAGCAAAGCAAAGAGUAUAGCCUCCAGCAAAAAGCACUUGCCUAUCCUUUCUUUGCUUAGGGAUGGGUCAACAGUUUUACUUUUUUCCUUCUGACAUCACCACCCAUGCACAGGAUAGUUUAAGAUGAGCCGUUCCCCUGCACAAAGGAUCAUGAACGCUGUCAGUAAAGCUCACUAAAAGCUGUAGCCGCUGAAAAGGGUCACCCUGCAAGGACCUGGCUUAAGUCACAGAUGUAGCACAGUGGGAAGGCACAAGGAAAGGAAGGAAGCGAACCCUGAGGGGGGAGGGGCUCAGUGCCCUCCCCCACCUCCAGACCUCAGUGAUUAUUUGGUAAGAAAGUUGUGGUCCACAGCAAUAACUGAUUCCACAUACACAAAAUAUUCAUAGCCGGUAGAACCCCGUGUUUGCGUCCCGUCCAUGGAACCCUAAGGGAGAUUUGGAAAGCCCUUUGAUGUGAGUUGAGGUUUUGGUUGCUAGCUGCUUACUGCACAUUCUCUGAUGAGUGUCACGCAAACUUCCAAACCGUUGAGACACUGUGUAAAGCUCAAGCACCUGUCGCAUGCGAACAUCACUGUCCAACAGUUUUACUUGCAUUCACACAACAUAAUCUAACUAAGGUGCCCCGUGAGCCACCCAUAGAAUAAUUCAUAAUGAGGGCCCACCAUGCUGUUACCACACUCCUGAGUAAUUAUCAGUGGAAGAUGAACUCCCGAGGGUCAGACGGUCUCCUUUAAGUUUUCUGUCUCUAUACAUUUACCAUUCCCAAAGUGGCUUUAUAAUUAAAAGGGAAAAGAAGGUGGGUUGGUGGUGGUGGUCUUAGCAUUUGGGGUUGCUCAGCCUCUGAUGUCCACAAGCCGAAGGAACCAUGGCAUGAAAUCCAACAGUAAAGAGGCUAUGAGCCCACUGAGUGCUCAGAUUUCGAUUAUUUACUCCUGACCAUAGCAGAAAAGACCUGAAAUGCAAGAAGUGCAUUCUGGACGCCAUUUCUCUGUUCUCUGCCACUCUGAGACACAGAUAGCCUAGACCUGAAGGCUCUACCCAUGUGCAAACAGACUGCCCCUACUUCAAGUCAUCCACUGAGCUGAGAGCCCCCUCAAGCUCCAGCACAGGCUUGCCGCAGGGUGACAGGCACAGAGAGUCACGCCAGAAGUUGAGCUGUCACUCGUCCUAGGACACUUAAAAAAAAAAAGGUCAGUGGUAUAAUCAAAAUGGGUACCUGUAUCUUUAAAUUACGUAGGGAAUUUUGUAUGUUUAAAUCCUUGUACUGGGUUCCAGAAUGCUUAUCUUAGAAACUAGUAUAAGAAAAAUAUAUAAACUGUGCAUCUGUGAAUGCCCCCACAUAGAGCAUUCAUCUAAGUUCUCCGUGUGUAGUGUGAUGGUUAUUGUAGAUAUUUCAAGCGUAGUAGGUGCUGUGGGACAGGGGAGACUGCUUUCUCUCUGCGUUCUUAACGGUAACUCCUGCCCACGUCAUGAAGCCAGUGUUACCCUCCCCUGUCAGUUCGGUCAGUCGCAGUACUGGCAGCUUCCUGCUUGUGACAGUCACCUAAUUGUGUCGGUGUACAUCAGUCGUAUGUACAUGUGAAGUGCCUUCCUAUCUUAGAAGAGUCCUGCCUUGCUCUCGUACUGUUGCCCACGCCGCCCCGCCCACCUCCUUCCGCCACGCCCCCACGCCCACCUCCCCGCGCCUCCGUGCUCAGUAGUGUGCGUCUCGUUACCCUCAUAGAUGUGACUGUGCCUUUAUCAACCGACAGUUGGCCCCCUGCCAUCCAUCCCGUCCUUCCCAUGAUGCCCCGUUCACACUGCCUCCCGCCGUCCUCCCCCAUUCUCCACUGGCUCUCCAGUACAUCCCCUCUUCUCUGCGAUGAGAAAAGGGGUGCUGUUACAGUCCCGGAAGAAGAGAACAUUUCGUUCAUCUGUUAUGACAAUGCACUUUUCUGUAUAGUACUGCACAUUUUUGGCAUGUACCGUUACAGGCUUCGGUAUACAGUUGGAUUUGUUCUUGAAGGUGUAGCUUUAUAAUAAAUAUGGUAGUUCUGGC